ACAAUUAAUUCACUAAAUUAAUCACAGUGUUGCAACCAGAGAUUGAACUUGGCUGACGCAAUUCGAUUGUAAAUAAUUGUUUUUAAAUGUUUAUUUUUAAAUCUGUCGAAACCUGACCCCGUGGGGUCGCAAAAAGGCAUUAAAAACCCCAGGUAUGUGCAGCCUCGACAUUUCAUUCAGAGAGAUAUUCGGGCCAGAUCACUCGCCGGAGAAAAUGCCUGCAUUGUUGGACAGGUUCCAGCCCGUCAAUAAAAUAUUGAACGUGUUCAUUGUCCUCAUUGGAGUUCCUGUGAAUUUAGCAGCGAUUGUGAUCCUGUCCCGGGGAAAGUGCGGCCUCUCUACCUGCACCACUCGCUACCUGGUGGCCAUGGCAGCGGGGGAUCUGCUGACCGUAGUCAUAGAGGUUCUUUUGCGUCUUGUCGUAAAUCAUUACUUUCCGUGGAAUUUUCUCCAUGUUACCCCUGUGUGCAGGGUUACGGAGGUACUGAGAAUCGCAGCCGCAGACUGUUCUGUCUGGUUCACCGUCACCUUCACUUUUGAUCGGUUUGUCGCCAUCUGCUGUCAGAAGCUGAAAACAAAAUAUUGCACCGGGAAAACUGCGGCUGUGGUUCUCACAACAACCGGCGUGCUGUCCUUUCUGAGAAGCGUUCCCCGCUACUUCCUCUGGGAACCCGGACGGAUAAUCAACAAUGUGCCGUGGUUCUGUAGACUCACGGCCAAUACCUUCACUGACCUCGGGUGGGUUGUAUACGAUUGGCUCGGCAUCGUUUUAAAUCCGUUCAUCCCUUUCGUGGUGAUUCCACUGCUCAAUGCUCUGACGGUCAGGCACAUUGUUGUGGCCAGUCGUGUCCGGAAGGGGCUGAGGGGUCAGAGCAAGGGGGAGAACAGCAGAGACCCCGAGAUGGAGAGCCGGAGGAGAUCUGUGGUUUUACUCUUCACCCUCUCCGGCAGCUUCAUCCUCUUGUGGAUGACGUGGGUGUUAAAUUUCCUGUAUUAUGAGAUCAAAGGAAUUAGAUUCGUGUAUUUCAAUGACUCUGAAUGGAUCUUUCACCGCGUCGGAGUCUUGCUGAAGAAUUUCAGCUGCUGUACGAACACAUUUAUUUACGCGGUCACUCAGUCGAAAUUCCGGGAACAGGUGAUCAGCGCGGUGAAAUAUCCGGUCACCUCGGUGAUGCAGUUCAUUACUCAGGCCGCGCACUGAGCGGAGUCUGGAGGCGGCAGCAGUGUCUUCAGUCCGGGCUCCAGAUCCUCACAUUCACCAACUGAUCUCCCUUGUGUUAAUUCCGGGAUGUCCCAUUGACCGACAGCGCCUGACAUGAGGACUUGACUAGGAUAGCAGAACAAGGACAUUGAACUGGGAACUAGGAGCCUGGCCUUGGACUCCGAGACAGAGACUGGACAAGGACACAGAACCUGGGUCUUGACCCGGGUUCGGAUACUCGAACCAGGCGAGGCCAUGGCGUGGCUGCAGGAGGAGGAAAGGCACAGGGCGGGAAGAGAGACACCUGGACGUGACGAGUGAACUCCAGCACAGGACGAGGGAAUCCCAGCACCGGGCUGGGCAAGGUACUCCUGUGCUGGACGAUCACAAGGACAUGACGGGAACACAGAACACCGAGCCGGGACGCUUCCUUGGGUACAAGACGUAGGGCCAGGACUCAAAACACAGAACGCUGAAUACGACGAGACAGUUCCCAACGCUAGGUAGCGGCAAAACGGCCGGAUCUACCUCGCAAAGACGUGGACUCAGACAGAUAGUUCCAAACAGGGCCAAUCUCCAGACACAGGCAAGGCGAGGCGAGGCAUGGCUCCAGGCAGAGGCGAGGCGAGGCAAGACCCAAGGCAGAGGCGAGGCGAGGCGAAGCGAUGUGAGGCAAGGCAAGUCAAGGCUCCAGGCGAGGCGAGGCGAGACAAGUCACGGCAAAGCUAGACUCGGCUCCAGGAGGAAGGUGAACGGAAGGGAUACAGUCAGGGGUCGGGGUGGGAGGUAUUUGGACAGGAAGAAUCCAGCAGCCAGAGGCUGAAUUCCUGAAGCUAUUUAUGAAGCCAGCCCAAACAAGAAUCAGCUGCUUCAAAGGAAACUGAGGAAACCCGGGAAACCUGGAAUAAGGAGCUUGAACAGGACGUGAACUGGAAUGCAGAUUUCACGGACCGGACCAUGACACCUGCCUUAAUUGUAGUUUUUACCCACAGUCAAUGCGGGGCUGGAGAUGGGGAUGGUGGAUAAUUCACAUGUAUUUUCGUAGUUUUGCAGUCGGGACUUAGGGCACCGUGUGGUUGUCGUGGUGGGUCUGAAUUCUGCGAUGAAUUCUGCAGUCAACGCAGGCUGGUAGGAUUUUGCGAGUAAAACAUGUCCGUGACCUUUUAAUUUAUAACAAAAGUCGGAGUCCUUUACUGUGAUUCCAAACAAACCAAAACCAGUCGGUCUACACUUUCGUCAUUAGGUCAGGCACCGCCUCGUAAAGUGAACACAACAAUUCUGUGAUGGAUUUUGUGAAUGAUGUCGAUCAUUUCCUCUUAUGAACAGCUUGUGUCAUUUGCCUCAGUUUACUUUGCCCCACAAAUGUUCCGUGUCAGUGGGACUUGUUGCGAUGGAGAGGACAAUCAUUGUUACACCACAGUCAUAUUUUAGGAUUAGAGCCCAGUCUCCUCCUGACUCGAGUCCUCCCGUCCCGGCAACAAAAAUCCUGAAUCCUUACCGCGCCCGUCUCGGUUAAUUCCGUCCUUUCUGAGGCGGGCGACCAGAGAUUCACUCGGUUCUCCAGCUGUGGUCUCACCAAACCGGAAAGGGGCAGAACGGGAACAGGCCUUUCCGAUCACUGCGUGUCUGAACCAAUUGAACUGGUAAUUUCAUGCCGAGCUGAACCAAUCCCGCCUGCCCACAUAAGGUCCACAUCACUCCAUUUCCCUCAUAUUGAUGUGGAUUCCAAUACCCUCCAUCGCCUCCCCCACUACCAUCGCUCCUGCAAUUCAUUCCGGACACUCACCACUAUGAGUGUGAAAAAAGAAUUGCAACGCAUUAUGGGUCAGGUUUAACUUUACUGUGCUGUGCAGGUUGUUUGUUCUUUUUUUCCGCAUCAGUCUCGGGAAAAGAUACAAAAUGACACUAAAAUAAACAAAUAAAUAAAUAAAAUGUGAGA